AUGUCAAACAUCCUCAAGAGCGGGAGUCUGAAGAAAGUGAUCAUCGAGUCAGAACAGAAGUUCGAACCACUCGGAAGAUUUUGCAAGGACAUCGUCCUCUUGUCACUGAUCCUGCUGUUCACGUAUCAGAGUGAGUACUACCCGGUCUUCCCUCACCUUGCCAAGGAGCAUGACAUGGAUAUGUUCUGGUUUGCGACUCUGCUCUUCCUGGCAUACUCCUUCACCCGUUGGCAGAAGUCCAGGACGGACGACCUGCUGGGGCGGGAGCAGACGGAGGAGUGGAAGGGGUGGAUGCAAUUUAUGUUCCUGCUGUACCAUUACUGCGCUGCUUCAGAGGUCUACAACAUCAUCAGGGUGAUGAUCACGAGCUACCUGUGGAUGACGGGGUUCGGGAACUUUUCUUUCUUCUACAUCAAGAAGGACUACGGGAUCGUGAGGGUGCUGCAGAUGAUGUGGAGGCUGAACUUUUUUGUCUUCCUGCUCAUGAUUGUGCAGGGCAACACGUACAUCCUCUACUACAUCUGCCCCCUCCACACGUUCUUCUUCCUAGUGACAUGGCUGACCAUGCGGGUCUGCUCCAACCUCAACUACACGAAGUGGGGAGUGAGGAUCAAACUGUCUGUGGUUGCAGUGGUCAUCUUUGCGGUCUGGGAUGGAGCUCCAUGGCUCUUCGACCUUAUCUUCGGCUCUUUCAUGGGCCGGGCGCCAUGCAAGGGAGCGACGUCUGGGUUCCUGUACGAGUGGUAUUUCAGGACGACUUUGGAUCACUGGAGCACGUUCCUGGGCAUGAUCUUUGCCCUCAACUACCCCUUCACCAACAUGUGGUUCAAGGAGCUUGCAAAACUUCCUGCUGCCUCGCAAGGAAAAGUCACCUUGGUCGUUGCCGCUGUCUCUUUGACGCUCAUGGUACUCUGGUUUUGCUUCAUUUUUACCCUCCCGAAGCUCCAGUACAACAACACCAACGCCUUCCUGGCUCCGGUCCCCGUGCUCAGCUACAUCCUCCUCAGGAACCUGACCCCCUACAUGCGGACAUGGUACUGCGACAUCCUGCAUGACUUCGGCAAGACGACUCUGGAGACUUACCUGCUGCAGCAUCAUGUCUGGCUGACCUCCAACGCCAAGACUCUCCUGCAGCUGAUCCCCGGCAGCCCCAAGUGCAACUUCUUCGUCUGCACCAUCCUCUUCUUCGCCUUGUCCCGCGAGACGCACAGGCUGACCAUGUCUUUGAGGGCGGUUGUGCUUCCAGACUCCAAGGUACCCUGCCUCAGGAAC